UGGAGUGUGAUUUAUGGUCCUCACAUGUAUCUCCUCAUGCACUAUUAUUUGAUUUAACUAAAUGACAAAUCUAUUUACUCAAUUUUUUUUGAGUAUUCUCGAUUCUUAAUAAAAUGAACAAAAAUAUUUAAGACAAUUUUUUUAACUUUUAAGGACGGAGGGAGUACACUGUAGUUCGUAGUUCCGUACGAAGCAUUCUAGAAGGUCUUCCCUCGAGCUUUCAACCUCACAAAAGUCACAAUACGUCAAUAUGCCAUUCAAUCAAAGUCAAACUUGGCGUACCAUCCAUAAGCAGUGAAUUGAAUAACGAGGGAGACAUCAAUAUUUACAAACCCAGAAAAACACCCCAAAUUUUUAGAACCAUAAAUCUUAUUUCCACUUCCACCACCAACAAACAAUUCUCAUCUUACCAUUUUCCUAAUCACUCAACCAAAAAUGACUUCCACCACCAUCGCCAUCACCACCACCGCCGCCGCCACCGCCACCGCCACCAAAGAGAUCAAAACCGAGAUCCCUCACGUCAUCCGAGUCUACACCGACAACUCGGUUGAGCGUCUCUGGGGCCCACCUACGGUGCCUGCCACCGUAGAAGACCCCGAAACCGGUGUCUCCUCUAAAGACGUAGUCCUUUCACCCACCACCGGCCUAACCGCCAGACUCUACCUUCCUAACCCAACAACCACCACCCAACAAAAACUCCCGAUCGUAAUCUACUUCCACGGCGGCGGCUUCUGCCUUAAAUCCGCUUUCUCCUCCACCGAACACCGCUACAUGAACCACUUAGCUUCCCAAGCAAAAGUAGUAAUCGUCAACGUCGAGUACCGCCUCGCUCCCGAACACCCCCUCCCCGCCGCCUACGACGACGCGUGGACCGCACUCAACUCUCUCUCCACCCUAAACGAUCCUUGGAUAACCAACCACGGCAACCUCGACGCCGUCUUCGCAGGAGGUGACAGCGCCGGAGCCAACAUAGCUCACAACUUAGCCAUGAAAGCAGGAAACAGUAAUCAAGAAUUACCAGUAAAAAUCAAUGGAGUAUUUCUCUGUCACUCCUUCUUCCUAGGCCCGAAGAGAGUAGGGACCCGAAAGCCCGAACACGACUUUGGAUUUAACAAAGAGGUUGCAUUUCUAACCUGGGAUCUCGCUUACCCGGGAGCUGGACCCGGCCACCCGACGAUUAACCCGGUGGUUGAUGGUCCGAGUUUGAAAGGGUUAGGGUGUAAGAAGGUGUUGAUUGUUACAGGGGAAAACGAUGAUAUUGUGGAUUGGAGUGUUUUGUAUUAUGAUGGGUUGAAAGGAAGUGGAUUUGGUGGGAGUGUGGAAUUGUUUGAAGUAAAAGGAGAAGGUCAUUCAUUUCAAGUAUUCAAUCCUACUUGUGAUAAUUCUAAGGUUUUGAUCCAGCGUUUGGCUUCUUUCUUCCACAACUGAUCAGGACUUCUAAUUGGAUUACUUUAUUUGGUAAUGGAGUUGAAUUUCUUGCUUCUUUUUUUCA